AUGAGCAUGGACCAGACCCAACACCCACCGCCACAAGCCAACUCGCCGGGCAGCCGCCCACGCGCACAGUCCCGGGGGCUAUCGUUUGCUAGCAACAGGAGCGGCGGCUCGGACGGUAACAAGCUGAAGCCGGUGGAGUCGCCCAAGGACAAGGCCCGGCGAGAUAGUUUCUGGAAGGGCGAGGGCUCCAAGUCCAACCCCAACGCCGCCAUCAAUGAGGUGCAGCCUGGUGAGGCCAAUUUGAGUGAGCAGUCGACGCUGUUGAGUCUGAGGGACCACCAGCACCGAGAUGCCUACGGCAAUGCCAUUGCCGACCCGGACCUGUCAAAUCCAACUCGACCACGGUUAGAACGACCGCUGGACACCAUCAGAUCGUUCGAAAGGGCCAUUGAUGAAGGCUACAAGCGACGAUCGACGUUCAAGCCAGAAGCCGAACCCUUCGACCAGCACAACCAGUACGCAAGCCGAAGAAGCAGCUACUUUGGUGGUGAGUCUCCGCUCCCAAGCAAACGCUUCAACCGCAUGAGCACCAACAUCUCAUCGCUCCAAGGCUACGAUGCCGGCCCCAGCCCCUCCCGCUACGCCCCAUCCCAACAAGGCGGCUACUACGGCUCGCCAACCCCCGGCUCCCAGCGCCAGCGCUACGGCAACCGCAUGCAGUCCGACCCGCAGUUCUACAACCAAUCCCGCCCGUACCCGCAGCAGCACGGCUACCACAACUCCCACGACACGGUCAACACGCACGGCUCCGAUAGCACCGGCCCGUGGGCGAACAGCACCGAUCCUAGCAGUGAGAACAGCUCGCUCGACCGCGUGAACGGAGUGAACUCGAUGAGCAAAGGGCCGGCGGACAUGCACGCGGCGUACAAUCAGGGGCAGAAUGGGUAUAAUGGUCCGAUUAUGGAGGAGCAGGGGCAGGGCGCGUAUGGGGAUUAUCCGUAUCAGAAUGGGUAUGGCCAGCAGCAGCAACAGCAGAACGGCAUGGGCAGAGGGCAGAGGGAGCGGAACAAUACCGCGCCGUCGCAGCAGCCGAGACCUAUGCAGUUGAAUUCCGGCCCGCCGCCGCCUAGUCAUGGGUUGCCGCCGGCUAGCAGGCCAGAACCGGAGAAACGCAAGAGCUGGCUUUCCCGAAAGUUUAGCAAAGGGAGGAAGGAUUAG